AUGGUCAGCAUAGAGAGGUCAGCAUGGACAGGCGAGAACUGGGAGGCGCUCCUCUACCAUAUAAGCACUGUCUCUGGCAACAGGUUUUCAGUCAUGAACAGCGGAGUUACGAACACAACAUCGGCUAUGUUGAAGCUAGUGUGCAUCUUCGCCGUGCUGGCCACUACUCUUGCAGUAGAUGGCGACUUCGAUAUAGACAUCGGAAUACCACGCGCUAAAGGUACCUGUCAGUUCCGUUGCGUGUCCGACGGCAGUUGUCUUCUAGACUUUGCACAGACAUGUGAUGGCGUGGAAGACUGCCCUCAGGGGGAAGACGAAGACUGUGGUUCACUCUGUGACCCGGAAACAUGCCUGCUAAGAGACAACUGCCAUUGUCUGAGCACCUCGCCACCUGGCGGCCUAGAACCAAAGGAUGUUCCGCAGAUGAUCUUGAUUAACACGGAGAACGAAAUACCAUACAGCGGUAUCUUUUCUACGAGAUCCACAGAUAAGGAUGGAAAAGCCAUAAGAGUGCCACGCAAAAAUCCAAAUGGAUGUCAGGCAACGGGCACUUUCUUCUUCCGUCACGAGUACACAAACUAUGCUUACGUCAAGCAGGUUUACGCGAGAGGUCACGAGAUCGGCUCGCUGUCGAUUAGGGUUGCACCUCGUGCCGCGUUCAGUUUGCCUGGGCCGAUCUAG